UUUUACUGCUUCUGCAAUCAAAUCCCAAAGACUGAAAAGAUUAGCAAUUAUCUCUGACUCAUGAUUUUAUUAGGAUUUGUUUACUAUUCUUCUCUGAUAAUGAUAAUAAUGAGCUCACCUCACCCUUUUAUUCUUUACUUUUUCUUAUUAUCCUUCAUAUUUUACUAUAAAUUCAUUAUCUGCUAAGUCAGGAAAUCGAUAUAUAAGUAUCCCCAGUCAUAACUUGUAUUGACUUCACAAGGAUUAUCACAUUACAUUACGUUACCCUUGCUGCCUUGUUUUUCUUCUUGUCUUGUUUGUUCUUCUUUUGGCAUUCUUUUCUUGCUAGCUAGUUUUCUCUUUUUUUCCUCAAAGUUUCCUUUUCUUUUUGUGUUUUGUUGAGUUGGUUAGACAUUGUGGUGUGUUCUUUGAAGGUAGUUAUGGCCAUCUCUUCUUCUUCCUUACCAUCAAUGGAGUUUGAUUUUGAUGAGAAACCACAUGUGUUAGCUGUUGAUGAUAGUUUGAUAGAUCGCAAAGUCAUUGAAAGGUUACUUAUCAACUCUACAUGCAAAGUGACCACAGCAGAAAACGGAAAGAGAGCAUUGGAGUAUUUGGGCUUAGCUGAUGGACAACAUCCCAGUCAUAGUGAUUUGAAGGUGAAUAUGAUCAUCACCGAUUAUAGUAUGCCAGGAAUGACAGGUUAUGAGCUGUUGAAAAGAAUUAAGGAAUCACCUACCAUGAAGGAGAUACCGGUGGUUGUAGUGUCAUCUGAGAACAUCCCUACACGAAUUAAUCAGUGCAUGGAGGGAGGAGCUCAAGAAUUCUUGCUGAAGCCUCUUCAGCUAUCAGAUGCGACAAAGCUGAGGUGCCAUAUAAAAAAGCUGAAUAAUUAAUCGAUAUUACAAGGGGGCUAUGCAGGAGAAGACGAACAUGCAUAAAAGAUAUCAGAAAGAGAGACAGGAAGGGGAAAAUGUUGAAUUGGAGGCGUAAUUCUAGGGCUACUGCAAUCAAUAGAAGUUGUUUAACUUAUGUGGGCUAUGCAUUUCACUGUUUCAUCCCUUUUGUAGAUCUUAUGUGGUUAUCUAUUAGAAACUUCUAAUGUAAGAACAAAGUUGUUUACCUUCCACUUCUGCUUAAUAGGCAUUUGC